UGUUGGGUAGGAUUCUUAAUAGUACCAAAAUAAGAAACUAUUGGCAGAAAAACCCCGAGGAAAUGAAAAUUGUUAUCAAAUAUACAUUUCGCUAGCUGAUUUCCAAAUGCUAGCAAUGUGUAGAAAUCAUUGUUAGUGUUAGUUCGAUAGUUGAGUCUGCAACAGAUAUAUAAAUGUUGUCGAAACUAGCGCCCAUCGAUUUUUUCUCUUCGAAGUGAUUGCGGGUGCGAAUAUUUCCUCUCUCGCACUUAAAAGUCCUAAAAUAAAACAUAUAGAUUGCAUUUGCAUUCGAUCGAACGGGUAUUAAAAUCCACACGAACAUGACAAACACCGACCACGUUGCCCUCACUCUAUCGUCGACAUCCGUGACGGGCCUAUCAGGCGGAGCUGCCGGCGAUGAAAGUAAUAUAUCCCGAAGGAGUUUGCGACGGUCAUGGAAUCAGUUACCCAGAUGUCAACGUAAUCUCAUCAUAAUGGCUCUCACAGCUUUUAUAUUUACCGCUCUACUAUUUUUGCCGGGCGAUCAGCUAAUUAACAUAAAGGAUGUUCGCCUGAAACCUGGAGCGGCGCCUUUCCAUAUACGGCGCGAAAACACGCUACAGAAUCCGCAUCAUCAUCCGAACGUUGAGAAGGGUAACGAGCUACCCGGCGAUAUUUCGGCAGCUGUCGCAUCCCCAAUGACUGAUGAGAACCGCCUAAUUAAAGCGAAGCCGGCCGAAGAAAAGAUGGAUGACAGUAAAUUUGCUGAAAACGUUGAUAAGCUACCGGAAACUGUGCUCGUUGGCAAUGAGAAUGGAAUAAUCGACAUAGUCAACAAUGUGGACCAGCCCAUCGAAGAGCCAUUGGAUAAUAAUAUCAACGACCACUCGAAUUUACGUGCAGAAGUGGAGGAGGCUAUUCGUAACCCAUUCAAAGUAUCCCAUGUCAGCAUUGAGUCUCAUCUUCAGAGCAUGAGCGCACAGUUAGCAAAACCCCAGCAUUUCCAUGGCGCUACCAAUGAGCGGCAGUCUGCAGUUGUGGCAGCCUUUAAGCACUCCUGGGCUGGUUAUAAGACGUAUGCCUGGGGUCACGACAAUCUGAAACCCGUUUCACAAACCUCACACGAAUGGUUUGGCUUAGGACUCUCAAUCGUUGAUUCUCUGGACACAAUGUAUAUCAUGGGCCUAGAGGAUGAGUUCAACGAAGCACGCGAUUGGGUCAAGGAUUCUUUGCAUUUCCACACAAAUCGCGACGUAAAUCUCUUCGAGGUAACCAUACGUGUUCUGGGCGGAUUGCUGUCCGCUUACCAUUUGAGCGGCGAUAGGAUGUUUUUGGUCAAAGCCACUGAGUUGGGCAAUCGCUUAUUGCCCAGUUUUCUUUCGCCAUCGGGCAUUCCGUAUUCGGAUGUGAAUCUGGGCGAAAGAUCCGCACAUUCGCCAAAAUGGUCUCCGGAUAGUUCAACCAGCGAAGUAACAACCAUACAGUUGGAAUUCCGUGAUCUGAGUCGCUCCACAAAUGUUUCUAUUUACGAGCGGGUGGUAAACGUCGUAAAUGAAAAAGUACACGCGCUAGAUAAAAGUCACGGCCUGGUGCCAAUAUUUAUCAAUGCCAACACGGGCACUUUUAGAAACUAUGCGACAAUCUCAUUGGGUGCACGUGGCGACUCCUACUAUGAGUACCUACUCAAGCAAUGGCUGCAAACGGGUCGCAAGGAUAACGACAAUCUUAUUUUGGACUACAUGCAAGCGAUAGACGGCGUAUUCACGCAAUUGAUGCGACGCACACCACGCGAACACUGGGUUUAUAUAGGAGAGCUAAUUAAUGGUCAUGACUUUAAGCCCAAAAUGGACCAUUUGACAUGCUACUUGCCGGGAACUUUAUUGCUUGGCCACCAGAACGGCAUGCCCGAGUCCCAUCUACUGCUCGCUAAAGAUUUGCUAGACACGUGUUAUCAAACCUAUGUUAGACAGCCUACACAACUGGCAGCGGAGAUAUCAUACUUUGCGCUAACCGACAAGGAAGAAAAUGAUAUAUAUGUGAAGUCCAAUGAUGCGCACAACUUGCUGCGACCCGAGUUCAUUGAAAGCUUGUAUUACUUUUAUGCACUAACCGGAAACCGCACAUAUCAGGAUAUGGGCUGGGUCAUCUUCCAGGCCUUUGAAAAGCAUUCAAAAGUAGCUGCCGGUUACACAUCACUGGGCAAUGUGAAAAACACUUUGAACACUCGAAUGCGCGAUCUCAUGGAAAGCUUCUGGUUGAGCGAGACUUUGAAAUAUUUCUAUUUGCUAUUUAGUGACAAUUGCAAGGAAAUAGACCUCGACAAGUGGGUCUUCAACUCGGAGGGUCAUCCGCUGCCCGUGUACCAGAACUAAUUGUAAAUAGGCAAACGAAUUGAUUCAUCUAUACCAACUAAGAUAGUAAAUAGGGUUUGAUAAUUAUCGGAAAAUAUGAAAGUUUUGGCAGUACCCUUUUAGUCGUAGCGUAGCGCAAAUGCCAAAUAUUAUGCCAAGGUUAGGAUG